CCUUCGUGUCGCUGCUAACAUGGCGGCGCCCAUUUUGCGGUGCAUUUCCCGCGGCCAGGGGCUUGGUAUCCCAGGCCUGUCAGGAGUCUUACCCGUGGGGCUGCGUGAGGCUCACUCGGGCGCUCAGGGGUUGCUGGCGAUGCAGAAGGCUCGGGGUCUGUUCAAGGAGUUCUUCCCUGAGAGGGGUACGAAGACAGAGCUCCCAGAGCUCUUCGACCGUGGCACGGCGGGCAAUUUUCCCCAGACCAUCUACUGCGGCUUCGACCCCACGGCCGACUCGCUUCAUGUGGGGCAUCUGCUGGCGCUGCUGGGCCUGUUUCACUUCCAGCGAGCGGGCCACAACGUGAUCGCCCUGGUGGGAGGAGCUACGGCGCGCCUGGGAGACCCAAGCGGCCGUACCAAGGAGCGCGAGGCGCUGGAAGCAGAGCGCGUGCAAAGCAACGCGCGCGCCCUGCGCCAAGGGCUCAAAGCCCUGGCGGCUAAUCACCAGCAGCUCUUCGCUAAUGGGCGGACCUGGGGCAACUUCACCGUGCUGGACAACUCGGCGUGGUACCAGAAGCAGGACCUGGUGGACUUCCUAGCGGCAGUGGGCGGCCAUUUCCGCAUGGGCACGCUGCUAAGCCGGCUGAGCGUGCAGACUCGGCUCAAGAGCCCCGAAGGCAUGAGUUUGGCCGAGUUUCUAUACCAGGUGCUCCAGGCCUAUGAUUUCUACUACCUGUUCCAGCAUUAUAGAUGCCGGGUCCAGCUGGGUGGAUCUGAUCAGCUGGGCAAUAUCAUGUCCGGAUACGAGUUCAUCCAAAAGUUGACUGGAGAAGAUGUAUUUGGAAUCUCUGUUCCUCUAAUUACAAGUACAACUGGAGCGAAACUGGGAAAGUCUGCUGGCAAUGCUGUGUGGCUAAACAGAGAUAAGACAUCUCCUUUUGAAUUGUAUCAAUUUUUUGUCAGGCAGCAAGAUGAUUUGGUAGAAAGGUACCUGAAGCUCUUCACUUUUCUGCCCCUUCCAGAGAUUGACCACAUAAUGCAGCUGCAUGUCAAAGAGCCAGAAAAGCGGGGUCCUCAGAAACGACUUGCUACAGAAGUAACAAAGCUUGUUCAUGGACAAGAAGGGCUGGACUCUGCUAAAAGGUGUACACAAGCCCUUUAUCAUAGCAGCAUAGAGGCACUGGAGGUCAUGUCUGAUCAAGAGUUAAAAGAAUUGUUUAAAGAAGCUUCAUUUUCUGAAUUAGUUCUUGACCCUGGAACAAGCGUCCUAGAUACGUGCCGCAAAGCAAAUGCCAUUCCAGGUGGUCCCCGAGGCUAUCGGAUGAUAACAGAAGGUGGAGUCAGUAUAAAUCACAGACAAGUAACAAAUCCUGAGAGUGUUUUAGUUGUUGGACAACAUAUUCUUAAGAAUGGACUUUCGUUACUUAAAAUAGGAAAAAGGAACUUCUACAUUAUAAAAUGGCUUCAGCUAUGAUGAAAACUCCUUCCAGUGGUUCAAACUUAUCCAUCAUUCAUUCUCAAGAUGUAUGAAUUUAUACCUUCACUUAUGCAACUCAAAGACAAAGAAUGGAGUGUACUCUAGGCCUCACAGUCUUGCAAGAUCUCAGUUCCCCAGCCAGAGAUUGAACCUGGGCCACGGCAAUUCCCUGGAAUUUUUUCUGGCAAUAGGAGUCACCUCAACUAUGUAGCUAAAAAACAGUUCCCUGUACCUGUUAAAGAGAAGAUGCCCAGCAAAAUAAGCACUAAAGUAACAGCUGUUAUCAUCUGUGGGUCUCAGGUUCCUCAUCUGUUUAACCAAAGGGUCCCUUCCAGUUCCCAAAUUCCACGUUUACAAUAUUCUCCCCACCCAUAUGCAUAAGAGGAAAUUUGAUACAGAAGGGACUCAGGUCUUACUGGACUACAGAAUUACAGAAAUUUUUACUGUUUUGGAUAAAAGUGGCAGAGAAAAAACUGCAUCCAGAUAAAUCGCUCUAUCCACCAGCCUUCGCUCCAUCUGAGCUAUUAUGCAACCUACAACGUUAGCCUCAAAUGGAAAAAAAAAAAAAGGAUCCAUGAAAUGCAGGAACCACAGUAAUGGUGAAACAGUAGUGUCUUUCCACAUUUACUAUAAUUUAGGCAACCGUUUACGAAGAAGACAAGUCACUACUUCAACUAUGGCAUCAUGAAGUUUAGGGAAC